AUGGAGUUUAGCAAUGGGGUGAGAUCAGAGGGUAAUAUUGAAGUUAGAGGCCAAGAAAUGAAUGUGGGUAAUAAAAGUAGUUUGAAUUGUUCAGAAUUUAUGUUGAGGCUUUUGGCCUUUGCAUUCACUCUGGUGGCGGCAAUUGUUCUUGGGGUUGAUAAGCAGACCACGGUUGUGCCUAUACAGGUGGUUCUCGCCUUCCCACCUUUAAAUGUUCCGGUCACCGCUAAGUGGAAUUACAUGUCUGCCUUUGUGUACUUGGAGGUGACAAAUGCCAUAGCAUGCUCAUAUGGAGCACUCUCUUUGAUCCUCACAUUGGCCAUAAUGGGUAAGAAGAAAUGGUUUUAUCUGAUGAUCGUCAUCCUUGAUUUAGUGGUGUUGGUACUACUCUUUUCUAGCACCGGAGCCGCCACUGCAAUCGGCCUCAUUGGCUACCGAGGCAACUCGCAUGUGCGUUGGAGCAAAGUAUGCGACGUCUUCGAUAAAUUCUGUCACCAAGUGGCUGCUGCCAUAGCCAUAUCUCUUCUUGGCUCAUUGGCAUAUCUCUUACUGGUUGUGCUUGCUAUUUUGAAACUUCACAAGAAAUAUGAGUAGAAUUUGAUGGACUACUUUGAUCUCUCUUCAGCCUGUUUUGGUUUUUAUUUGUGGCUAAGUGAAGUUGUCCAGUGAGUGUGACCAAAAUCCAUAAUGUAAUGCAGAAUUUUUUUUUUUUUUUUUUUAUCCAAAAGGGUUGUGUAUGUUGAUUUCUCGUGCUGUUGUUUCAUUCUCUUAUAAUCUUUCAUAAAUGUAAAAUGUUCCUUGUCACAAAUGUUUCCUCUUCCUAAUAUGUCGAAUUGCUUGAUUUGUUCACUCAAUGAAAGAGCCUAGGUGCCAGAAGUUUUGUUGACCAGGGAUAGUCAGAUAGAGCCUCUCCAAUCAACGCUCACUACUAUUAAUGAAGAAAACAACUAGAAAUUUGCUGACAAAGUUUUAUGAGAGAUAGUACAUCUUUUAUUGAAGGUUAUCAAUAACGACAGCUCAAUGGUACAAUCUCCUCAUAUUCAAAGAGGAGAGUCAAGGUGUAA